GAGUGAUCAUUUGCCUCUCAAGCAGCCUCUGGUCAUCUGCCUUUGAGCCAUCAAGAUGCCGAUGUCUUCUCUUCCAGCAGCUAUUUUGUCUCACAUGACAGCUAUUAACAAUGUGCCUCCUCCUCCACUUCACAGUAUACCAAACUUGAAAAAGUCUAAGCACAUUAAUUAUGGCCAGUUGAAUGCAUUAUGCCACAUUAGAGGACAACACAGCCGGAGUAUGAGCAAUAUCUUAUCAGCUCACGAUACAUUUAUGAAGCAAUAUCCUAAAGUAUUCCUGCACCAAAAACCCAGACUUCCUAAACUUUUCAAACAGGAGGAACAAAGGGAACUCAAUGAAGGCAAAGAGGAAAGUCAACAUCAACAACCUGAUGAUUCUAACAAUAUAGCUGUCCAUGUUCAGAGAGCACAUGGUGGCCAUAUUUUAUAUAGACCAAAAAGAGCGACAGAGAAAUUUGAAGAAUUCCUAGCUAUCUUAAAGAAAUUGCCCAUUCACAGGACGCCAUAUGAACACAAAACUGUGUGGAAGUUCCUGAAAACAAUUCCAGAUUUAACCUUUCAGCUAAAUGAUAAGCAUCUGAAAACACUUAGUAAGACUGUCUUUUCAGAAACCUGGUUGAAAGGCAGCACAGUGGUUGCAAAUGAUGGAUUUUAUGUAAUACUGAAAGGCCUAGCUCGACCUCAAACAAACGUGUAUAAAAAUCUGAUUGAAGAAAGUGACUCACCAGACUCGUUCAUACCUCAGAGUUUCCACAGCUUCAUUUGGAGUGAAGAAUUCAAAAACUCUACACUUGCUGAGAUGUACCUACCUUCAUAUGACUCAAUGCUUAGCAAAUGGAGUACCUUUGGGACUCUGGAAGUUAUACCUCAGAUUGAAUCAGAAACACAGAUGUUCUCGGUGGUGACAGAAGACGAUUGUGAAAUUCUUAAAAUCCCAGCAAAGGGAUAUGCAAAGAUAAAGGAGGAAAAAAUAAAACUUGAAAAUAUGCAAAAGUUGAAAUUAAUCCGUAAGUGUCCUUAUUAUGAGGAAUGGCCUACUUUAUCCAUAUAUGAGCUAAUUGCACUCCUUAAAUGGAAAAAAUUUCCUCCAGGUCAUGUGAUAGUGGAAAGUGGAAAUAUAAUUUCUUUUGUGGGUUAUAUUAACUCUGGAUGCUGUAACAUUUAUAGAAGUAUUAUAGGAUUUGUGAAACUACGAUCAAAUAAAGUGAAAAGAUCUCAAAAACUUGUUUAUAUGGGGAAACUUAAGGAGAAGGAGUCCUUUGGUGAGAUUAGCGUCCUUCUUCAAGUUCCUUUCACGUGCACAAUCAUUACCAAAAAAGAAGUUGAGAUGGCAGUCAUUGAAGAUAAGGACCUAUUUGAAUUAGACCCAGUGACCAAGCAACUUAUGCUCCAAACAGCUAAACCAACUUUUGGCCAUCUGACAGAUAAGUCAGGAGCACAGCAAUAUUGAAGAGGGCAACACACAGCUAGGAGAACACAUGCGGCCUGGAGACUGUGCUCUUGGCAUUCCCUGCUUACUGGAGUUGUUGACAUUUAAAGACAGAAAAGAACAUGGGAUAGCAAAACGGAAGAAGCUUGUAGGCGUAAUGUUUCUUCACCCCACAAUGCCUGUGGUAUGUGUAUCUUUUCCAGCUUCUUUUUUGGCACUCGAUGGGUGACAAGUUACAGAGCAGACUGAACUUUCAAAAUAAAGAAAGGAAUUAUUUUUGUUUUCUCAUAUUUUUUCCUAUUUAGCUUAUUCAAAACAAAUGCAUGAGUCUCAAUAUGGAAUACAUGACAGGCUCCCCUCUGGGGCUUUCUGAGGUUAUAUUUGUUCUCCCACGACCCUCUGAAGUUUCUAACCCAGGAUAUUUCAAAUGAAUGUCAGGCACUUACAUUUUAUAAAGUUUCAUAAGAGAUUAUGCUAAAACUCCUUUCAAACUUGGGAACAUUUUCCUGGCAUCAAUUCUAAACUUAAAAAAAAAUAAACUCUUGUUGUUUAGUCCUGAAAUAAAAGCCAAACUAAUUUUUAAGACCCUUAGCCAAAUCCAGGUUGCCUGUUUAAGUCUGUAUACUUUUCUUAUCUUAGCCCUUAUCUUUCAAAAGAUGAGGAUCAUCCCGUUUUAGUUCCACUAGCUCUUAAAUUCGUUGGUUUUGUACUGGAUAAGAAAAAAUAAAAUAGUAAUAUUAGAAAAAGUCAGGAAGGAUAACCCAGAAAUAACCGUCACUUAUUUUCACUCAGUUAAGAAUCAGUGGUUGAGAAGUUUUGAAAACAUACUGUUUAGCCCUUUGCUUAGAUGUAAAACUUUUAAAACUCUCUUUUAAAAAACCCUUUUAAAAUGUACAUAUUAUGGAAAAUAUACGAAGAUAAAGCUGAAUAUAAUAAAUGACUAAAUUUUUGUUG